AUGGUGAUGCUGAAGUUGUUGGCCGUGAACGGCCACUCGAAGUCCGACGUGAUCGAGGUUGACUCGGCGGCCAGCGGGGCGGACCUCCUCGCCGCGAUCAAGGCCAAGCUGGGCUGGACCUUCACGGCGGCCAACUACCAUAACGAGGGGCGCGCGCGGGGCGAGCCGCUGCCUCUCGACCAGCCGCUCGGCGACACCCUGAAGGACGGCGCCACGGUCACGGCGAAGCGGGACUGGGGCGCCAGGCCGCCGGCGGCCACUCCGGCGCGGCGGGCGGCAGCGGCGCCGGCGAGCGAGGGCGGCAAGCCUCGCUCACGCUCGCGCUCCCCGAAGAGCUCGGCGCCGGACGGUGGGUCGACUCGCGAGAGCGGGGCCGCGAGCGCGGCCGCGCCCGCGGCGGCGGUCCAGCAGGCUCCGCCGCGCGCAGCCGCGGGGGCGCCGAGGGCGGCGGCGCCGCGGGUGGCGGCGGCGCCCCCGGCGGCGGCGCCGGGGGUCGCGGGGGGCGAGCGCGGCGCCGGCGUUGGCAGGCUGCGGGAGGAGCUGGCGCAAGCGCGCCGGAAAGCCGCCGCCGCGGCCGCGGCGUUGGGCGUGCGCGACCAGGAGCUCGCGACGGCGCGCGCGGAGCUGGCGCAGGCGCGCCAGGAGGCGGCCGACGCAGACGCGGCCUGCAGCAAGGUGGAGACGAGGUGCGCGGGCCUGACGACGGAGGUAGCCCGCCUGCAGGGCGAAGGGGAGGCGCUCAGGGGGCAGCUGAGCUACUGGCGCACGAUGUACCACGGCGGCCCGCACGUGGACGGCGCGGACUACCCUGGCAAGAAGGAGUUGGCCCUGCAGGAGCAGGUGGCGCUCCACGCGAAGAUCUCGGCUCUCCACGAGAAGAACGCGAAGCUCUUGCAGGAAAACAGCGGCCUGAAGCUGACGGCGCAGGCUUGCUACAGCUGCUCGGGGCGGAAGGAGCAAGACUUGGCCCGCGGCCGAGGUGGCGGCGGCAAGGGGCGGGGCAAGCACGGCAGCGCGGCCUCCAACGCGGGCGGCACGUGCAAUGCCCCCGCGGUGCACCCUAAGGCACCCGAAGCGCUGUUCCCGCCCUUCGGGGGUGCUUUGCGGGUGCCCUGCGGGUGGUGGGUGCCCUUCGGGUGCUCUGCGGGUGGUGGGUGCCCUGCGGGUGCUCUGCGGGUGCCCUACGGGUGGUGGGUGCCCUUCGUUUGCCGUGCUGGUGCCUUCGUGGAGCUCAUCUGGGGGUGCCGGUUUGGGGGGAAUGCUGGGCGGGUGCCUUGCGGGUGCCCUGCGGGUGCCCUGCGGGUGGUGGGCGUCCUUCGGGUGCCCUGCGGGUGCCCUGCGGGUGCCCUGCGGCUGCCUUGCGGGUGCCCUGCGGGUGGUGGGUGCCCUGCGGGUGCCCUGCGGGUGGUGGGUGCCCUGCGGGUGCCCUGCGGGUGCUCUGCGGGUGCCCUGCGGGUGCCAUGCGGGUGGUGGGUGCUCUUCGGGUGUCCUGCGGGCGCUCUGCGGGCCUGCGGGUGGUGGGUGCCCUUCGGGGGUGCCCUGCGGGUGGUGGUUGCCCUUUUGGUGCCCUGCGAGUGGUGGGUGCCCUUCGGGUGCCCUGUGGGUGCUCUGCGGGUGCCCUGCGGGUGCCCUGCGGGUGCCCUUCGGGUGCCCUGCGGGUGGUGGGUUCCCUUCGGGGGUGCCCUGCGGGUGCUCUGCGGGUGCCCUGCGGGUGGCCUGCGGGUGGUGCGUGCCCUUCGGGUGCCAUGCGGGUGGUGGGUGCCCUUCGGGUGCCUUGCGGGUGCUCUGCGGGUGCCCUGCGGGUGGUGGGUGCCCUUCGUUUGCCCAGCUGGUGCCUUCGUGGGGCUCAUCUGGGGGUGCCGGUUUGGGGGGAAUGCUGGGCGGGUUCCUUGCGGGUGCCUUGCGGGUGCCCUGCGGGUGGUGGGCGUCGUUCGGGUGCCCUGCGGGUGCUCUGCGGCUGUCCUGCGGGUGCCCUGCGGGUGGUGGGCGCCCUUCGGGUGCCCUGCGGGUGGUGGGUGCCCUUCGGGUGCCAUGCGGGUGCCCUGCGGGUGGUGGGUGCCCUGCGGGUGGUGGGUGCCCGGCGCGUGCCCUGCGGGUGGUGAGUGCCCUUCGGGUGAUCUGCGGGUGCCCUGCGGGUGGUGGGUGCCCUUCGGGUUCCCUGCGAGUGGUGGGUGCCCUUCGGGGGCCCUGUGGGUGCUCUGCGGGUGCCCUGCGGGUGGUGGGUACUCUUCGGAUGCCCUGCGGGUGGUGGAUGCCCUUCGGGUGCCCUGCUGGUGCCCUGCGGGUGCCUUGCGGGUGGUGGGUGCCUUUCGGGUGCCCUGCGGAUGGUGGCUGCCCUUCGGGUGCCCUGCGGGUGCCAUGCGGGUGGUGGGUGCCCUUCGGGUGCCCUUCGGGUGCCCUGCGGGGCACUCCCCCUACCAAGCCCAGCGGCCGCCGGCUUGGUACUGCCGCCGGCUUGGUACCUGGAUCUCCGACAGCACGCGCCAGAUGGUCUUUCAGAAUAGACCUCAGGCGUACAUCAACGGCGCCAACAUGGGCUGGUACUGCGCUGGCUGCUGGAUAAUGAACCUCGAGGACAAUGGCUUCCCUACGCCUGCCGGAACGAAGCUCACUGACAUAAUCAGGGAGCAUGAGCAGCAGAUAUCGGGGACCGGGAACGACAGAGCGAGUGCCCUCCCUUCCCUGGGACUCCUUCCGCUCGGCUACGGCUGCAGCCCCCUGGCGGACACGAGGCAGUUAGAUGACCUCCUCAUGGAACCGACGGGCAUGAAGAUCCCCGAUUGCGCCAAUACCACCAUUCCGUCCUGCCGCUGGGCGGCGGGGAAGAAGUUCGAGGAUCUGCUCCGUGCCUCCAGCCCGGACUCGACUGACAAGGCCUCCGAUGGGGCUGGGGGCGCAUCGGUACCUUCCCCUGUGGACUCCGUGAACUUGGCCGUGCUGGUCUAUCCGACCCUGUCGGCUGUACCGGUCCACCCGCUGUUGAACCACAGUGGCGGCCUCGCGUGGCCCUGCGUGUCCCUGCCCGCGCCCCAGCCGCGGCGGCCCGGGCACUCGCUUGCCUGCUCCGCCCUGCUGCCCUGCACCCUCUCCUCGCUGCGACGGACGUGGUCGAGCGUCGGGGUGGCGCAAGUCGGCCGCCGCAACCGACCCGAAGACACGAGUCUUGGCGAGGGCGGCAUCCAAAGGACGCGGGAGCACUACAGGAACCCACCAACAGCCACCAAGGAUUUCCUGAAGGCGGCCUCCCUCCGCCGGCGGCCCGCCUUCCGCCUGCCGGCGCUGGGGUGCGGCCGGGCUGUCGGCGCGCCCGAUGUCCUCCUCGGGCUGGCCGGCGCAGGGCGCGGGCUGGUACGGCUGGCACGGGCACCCGCAGCAGGCGUGGCAGGCCCCUGGCGGCGGCUGCCAGCUGCAGAACUGGCAGGCGCAGCAGGCGUGGAUCCAGCCCCACAGGGACGACUACGCGGAGCUCGCGCAGCAGAUGUACCACCAGGCCCUCGAGCAGCCGCGCGGGGCGCAGCCCGCCCCGGGGCCGGCGUGGCGGCGGUGGUCCUCGAGCGCCGCUGGGCAGAGCUUCCAGCAACAGCUCUUGCAGCAGCAGCAGCAGCUCCGGCAGCACCCCUGGCAGGACUCACAGGCGCCGCACGCCCACGGCGGCCAGCAGGGCGCCCAGCAGUGGCCGCAUGCGGCGCCGGGGGCGCUGGCCAACGGCAGGCACGACUGGCGGCAGCUCGCCAGGGGCUCCGCUGGAGGCGGCAUCGACGAGGUUGCGGAAGCGGACGCGGCGUGGGAGCGCCUGUUGGAGUGGGAGGUCAUCGACAUGUGCUCCAGGUGGUCGUUCGACGAGGCGCACGCCAAGUUCCUGGAGAUGCGGGAGUUGUGGCACUCCACGCAGACGCGGUUCCAGCAGAGGGGCCUGAGUUUCGGCGAGUUCAACGCGCCCUAUCAGAAGGCCUACCGCCACCUCCGGCAGCUGGCCGAGCAGCUCGCGCCCGCGAGGCCGCUGCCGCUGCCGGAGCGCGGGUACGUGGAGGUCCACGGCCCGCAGGCCGAGUCCUUGCGAGUCAUGACGCUGAACGUGCUCUCGGAG